AUGGAUGAAGAGGCGCCAAUGUGUUGGUGUGGCAAGGCUGCUACAAUUCGGACCUCUUGGACAAAUUCGAAUCCUGGGAGGCGAUUUUCCAUGUGUGCAGCAAAGGUACGUGAGAAUAAUAAGGGUUUUAAGGGUUGCCAGUUCUGGGCAUGGUUUGAUUCGGAAAUAUGUGAACGGUCAAAGGCAGUGAUUCCUGGGCUUCUAAAAUCGCGGAACAAGCUGGAGAAAUCAGUGGCAAAGGCAAGACAAAGAGAAAAGGUCGUCUGGGUGUUGUUGGUGGCUUCGUGGGUACUGUUUGCAAGCUUCAUUUUGGGAGGGAUGCGUGGAUCUGGAGUGAACAAAAAGAGGAGUUUCGAAUUAGCUUCUGCCAUGCUAUGA